GAAAUUCCCCAUUUUCUUCGCUUCAUCUACGCCGAAAAAUAUUGAGGGAAUCUUGAUCUCCCUAUACAAAUUAGGAAUUUCAAUUAGCUUAACCCUAACCCGAAAAAUAAGAUCCCUAAUUUUGUUGGAUUUGGAUACAGAGGGAGAAAUAGAGACAUUCAAAUGUGAAAUUAGUCCAUCGCAAGGAGACAUUCAAAUUUGAAGAUGAUUUUUCCGAUCGUUUGUUCUCAUCUCUUUCGCAUCGCUUCUGAAGACGACGACAUCUACGCCAGGGCGAUCGCAUUCAUGCGACUGUUGGUCGGUCACUUAUACGUAUGUUCAAACCAAAGUUAAAAGAAUUGGGUUUGUACGUUAUGAAGAACUUUGUGGUUGGACCAAAUUAUACAAAACUUAAAUACACGCGGCAUAAUUUGAAGUUUGCAUUUACUCAUAAGACAAUUGUAGAGGAAGCAAAUGAUCAUCUUUUUGGUAUGACUAUCUUCGACUUAAAACCUUAUGAGUAUUUGAUAAACAAAAUUGAUGUUGAAGAAAGUGAACUUUUCGAUAUCAUUGGAGAGGUUGUAAGUUAUGGUGAGGUAGAAUCCCAUACCCAAGGUGAUAAAACCAUCAAUUAUAUGCAUGUGGAACUUGAAGAUCAUGAGAGGAAUAAUAUCUCUGCAACAUUUUGGGGAGAAUUCGUUGACCAAAUCUUGCCACAUUUACAGGGAUCACCCCAUCAGCCGGUCAUAAUUGUUAUGCAGUUGAUAAAAGCGCACAAAUUUCAAGGCAAAUAUUCUGUGCGUAAUACUUGGCAUGCCUCAAAGCUCUGGAUUAACCCGGAUCUUCCUCAAGCUAAUGAUUUUAAGUCCAGGUUAGUUAUUUCAUAA